AUGGUUCUGAAGGUCAUUGGGAAAGUUUACUCCAGGACAAAGUUCUUGGCAAGAGUAGCCAAGUUCCUGGAUAUAGAGACGAUGAGGACCCUGACAACAUCUCUGAUCCAGUGCGACUAUGACUAUGCUUGUAUCUUAUGUUACUACAGGACUGCAGUGGCCAGAGCAGGGAUGGUGGAUGAGUUUGAGAAGAAGGUUGCCUUGACUAUUCCAGUGCCGGUAGUCACACAGACCAGUGCCAUCGAUGCUCAGGAAGAAGAAGCGAAUAAAAAUGCAGUUGCCUACUUGGAGGUGUCCAAGGCCCGCCUAUCUUCUCAGCUGGAGAAGUUCCACAACAUGAUCCUGUUCGACCAGAUGACGUUCGACAACCUCAACGACACGUUCCCCGAGACCAAGCUGGACAAGGAGAAGCACCCCUGA